AUGUCUACAAUUACAAAAAAUCCAUCGACUAUUACUAAGCCAGCAUCAACAAUGGAAUCAUCAUUUUAUCCUACAACUGAAGUUCGACGUAAAUGGUGGAAAGAAUCUAUAGCAUACCAAAUUUAUCCACGAUCAUUUCAAGAUUC